CUCCAACGACCCUGCAUCGGGAAGAGGGAGGCUGGGCAACAGGAGAGGAGCUGUCCGUUCAGCACCACGGACCUCAGCCUUCCCAAGCAAGCGGCCGGCCCCCGCCCCAGGACUCUCCCUUUUCUCCAGUUUGCGCGGGGGUGUGGAGAGCAGGCGGAGAGCUUUCCUGGGAGGCUGGGGAAGCAGUGAACACUCUUCUCAGCGACUCGCCUCCCAGCAGAGCUAUUUUUUGCCAUCCGCCCUCACCCCCGGCACACGCGCUCGCACACACGCACGCACGCACGCGCGCACACACAUACACACACAUACACACUCACACACAUACAUACACACACAUACACAGACACACACACGCUCUCACACAAGACCUCUCUGGGUUUCUUUUGCCUCGAGUCUCCUGGGGCUGUGAGGAACCAGGCGCAUCUCAAACCGAUCUGGCAGCUCCAAGCUCUGAAGCCAUGCCCAGCACAAACCCUCGUCCCCACCAAGCUCCUGAGGAAUGAAAGCAACCCAGGAAUCCUCUGACCGCAGCAGUGAUGUGGACCAACCCCCUGGAGCCCGCACCCUCCCGAGGGCCAUAGAGGACUCAGGGAACUGGAGAGAGCUCAAGACAGGAAAUCCCAGCUUUCCCAAAGUCCCCGUGGAUGCUGACAAAAGGAGAUCCAGAUUUUUGGAAGAGGCCAUCCUAGGUUACCCAGCUGCAGAGUGAUUCUCCCCUCUGGCACUGAAUCUCCCCCUCCAACCCCCAGCCGUUCAGAGUACCAUGAAGAAUUAUGAGGAUGUGUGACAGAGGUAUCCAGAUGUUGAUCACCACCGUAGGAGCCUUCGCAGCUUUUAGUUUAAUGACCAUUGCAGUGGGCACGGACUACUGGCUAUAUUCCAGAGGUGUGUGCAGGACUAAAUCUACAAGUGACAAUGAAACCAGCAGGAAGAAUGAAGAAGUAAUGACCCACUCCGGGUUGUGGAGGACCUGCUGCUUAGAAGGGGCUUUCCGAGGCGUGUGCAAGAAGAUUGACCAUUUCCCUGAAGAUGCAGACUAUGAACAGGACACAGCAGAGUACCUUCUACGGGCUGUGAGGGCCUCCAGCGUCUUCCCUAUCCUCAGUGUCACACUGCUGUUCUUCGGGGGGCUCUGUGUGGCCGCCAGCGAGUUCCACCGCAGCAGGCACAGCGUCAUCCUCAGCGCAGGCAUCUUCUUCGUCUCUGCAGGGCUAAGCAACAUCAUCGGCAUCAUAGUUUAUAUCUCCGCCAAUGCUGGAGACCCUGGGCAAAGGGACUCUAAAAAGGGCUACUCCUACGGCUGGUCCUUUUAUUUUGGAGCCUUCUCAUUCAUCAUUGCGGAAAUUGUGGGUGUGGUCGCUGUGCACAUCUAUAUUGAGAAGCAUCAGCAGUUGCGUGCCAGGUCCCAUUCGGAGCUCCUGAAGAAGUCUACAUUUGCCCGCCUACCACCCUACAGGUAUAGAUUCCGAAGACGGUCAAGUUCUCGCUCCACUGAGCCUAGAUCCCGAGACCUGUCUCCCAUCAGCAAAGGUUUCCACACCAUGCCUUCCACUGACAUCUCCAUGUUCACCCUCUCCCGGGACCCCUCUAAGCUUACCAUGGGGACUCUCCUCAACUCUGACCGGGACCAUGCUUUUCUACAGUUCCACAAUUCCACACCCAAAGAGUUCAAAGAGUCGUUGCAUAACAAUCCAGCCAACAGACGUACUACGCCUGUCUGAGCUGACCUCUGACCUCUGUCCCGCCGCCCAGCACAGCCUUGGGGGAAGUGUACACAGAUGUCUCUAAGGUUGCAUGGCAUGGUCCUCGUGAUGGUAUCACUUCUUACUGAGAACGAAACCAAAUGGACUCGACUCCCUCCCACACUGGUCCCUCAUGCCCAGACCUUAACCCAUCCACUGCCUCUAACUUUUCUCGCUCGUCCCUUAAUGUUACCCCUCUCUGUGUAUCUGUGCCAGGUAUUUUCUUUUCUUUUUUUCUUUUCUUUUUUCCUUCUUUGAUGGAAGGACCACAACAUUCUUCCCUCCUUGGGAAAGGACUUUACUAAAAGUCAAAGGUACGGUCAUAGCAGUGGGGGGGAUUUCCAAAACCCCAUCAGUUGUAUGCAUAGCUGUCCCCAUUGUCCACCCACACAAGCUCUCGGGAAACCCACCACACAGGUGGCCCUGAGAAAGGCAUUCACCUUUAAGUGUUAGACAAACAUGACCAGAAAUCAAAGACGUCCGUGCCCUGAAGCAGUUAAUGUAAUAAGCACUUGUGUUAUUAAAGGUUCUUGCCUUGUAACCAA